AGUAAAACCCCAAUAAAGAUGCGAUUUCUAAUCAUCUUGGGCUUGGUGGCCUUUCUGGCCAUAUCCUUGACAGCAGCUUGGCCUGCAAAUACUUCCGAUCAGAGUGACAGCGAUAAUAAUACUUCCAAUCAGAGUGACAGCAAUAAUAAUAGCACAGAUAGUGGAAGUGAACAAGAAGGUUCUGGCGAUGAUCAAGUUAUUUCACCUAGGCCCAGAUGGCCCCGAUGGGGUGGCAUUGGUCCUGUGGUCCUAAUCCCCGGACCCACCAGGCAGAGAACCCUAUAGAACCAUCUCAAUGGAACCCCCCACUGACGCGAAUCACCAAAAAUAAUAAAAGCUUGUAAACUUUCCAUUGAGACAAUUGUCUAAACAGCCAAAAUGGGUAAAUAAAGAUUUUUUUGUUGGUAAUAUCAA